AUGCAGCAAACAACAACGAUUUCAUCGGUUCAGUACAAUUUCCAGCCCUCACCAGACAUUUACUCGCAAUACGGUACGGAGCGGAUGGGUAUAGAUGCUGCUACAGAUCAGCUACGCCAAAACAUGUCAUCUAUCACGGUCAGUGACAAAGAAAAUGGAAUAAAUGAGAUGCAUUGGUGUUCUCCAUGUAAUCAGUGCACUGAUGGUUCGUGUUACGCCUACACAAAUCCAGCUGAACACCAACUAAUGGCUUGCGAUAGCUGUGUACAGCAAUGCGAAGUAUCACAUAUCAACAGCUUCAGAAAUGGCGAGUGUUGGGAUAACUACGAACGCUACGGUUUAAACAACAAUAUUGAAGUAAUGCAGCCGACAUUGUUCUACCUACUGACAUCAGGUUGCAUUUCAAAUUUCGGCAAGGACGAGAAAGGCAGCCGAUUUGUGCAAGAAGAAUUCGCAAAAAGCUCUCCGGCUGUUCGUCAAAUGAUGUUUGAUUAUCUUUUCGAAAGAGGUGGAUUUGACUGGUUCUCCAAUGAUCCACAUGGAAAUUUCAUCAUCCAGAAAAUCGCGAUGGAAGCAUUUCCUGGUAUAGAACAAGCUAGAAUCGCUGAGCACGUAGCAAAUAAAGUGGUCAAAAUGUGUUCAAACCGUUAUGGAAGCAGGAUCAUGCAGCGUAUUUUCGAAAGAUUCGAUUUCGGAUACAGAGUCGAACUUCUGAAUAAGCUCAGUGGGUCGGAAUGUUUCCUAGCAGUUGAUAGCUGUGCCACUCACGUCAUGCAGAAAUUGUUUGCUCUUUUCCCACCGACAAAAUACAGCUUUAUUGUGAUAGCGCUAACACUUUCGAAAGAGAAUUUCAAGCAAGUUGUUCAAAAUAAAUAUGGAUGCCGUGUUAUUCAAUCUGCUCUGGAGGAACUUGAAAUAUCGGCAUGUACCACACGCUAUGCUAGUAGUCCAAACGAAUUCAAAGCAGCAAGACGGCUUCUGAAUAAACUGCUGCGACGGCUAACAGAGAACUGCAUGGAGUUUACAGAUCAUCAAUUUGCAAACUACGUUAUGCAGCACGUCAUCACAUCGGAGUUCCAUCCUGAAGCUCGUGACUACAUUAUUAAACACUCGAUUCUAAGCAAUGUGCUAACGUUAUCGCAAGAAAAGUUCGCUUCUCAUGUCGUCGAAAAGUCAUUAAAACACGCGUCACCAAAAGUACUGCAUUGUUUGAUGAGUGAAAUCUUUGAUGGUUAUGUCAAAGAUGACAAAGGACGUGAUGCGCUUGACAUAAUGUUAUUUGAUCAGUAUGGCAAUUAUGUUGUGCAAACAAUGAUUAACGUUUCAAUUGACGUACACGAUGACAGACGCGAAGGUGAUCUGGUAUGGCUGGCUCGUCUCUCUGAACGAAUUUCUCGACAUGAAUCUCGCCUUUUGAGAUAUUCGUCUGGUAAAAAAAUAAUCGAAAAAAUGAAACAGGGAACUUCAACAAAUAUGUUUUUAUACCUAACAACAAUUGCUUUGGUAUUCUUAUUUAAUGGAAGUAAAGCAUCUCUCAGAAGAGUCAGUAAUGCUCAAUCAGUUAAACAUGAAUCAUUUCCAUAUAUAGCUGAGCUACAUAUUGAUUGGCCAGACCGAAAGAUCGUAUGUACAGCUAGUCUUUUGUCUCGUUCGAUAAUAAUUACUGCUGCACAUUGCAUAGUUGAUGAAAAAACGAAGGAAGAGCUAGGUAAGGUUAAGAAAGUAAUAUUUCGACGUGAUUAUGGCCGAUCGUAUGUAACGUGGGUUGGUGGUGAGGCUAAUGGUGUUCUGAGUAUAACCGAACUAGACGAAAAAGAAGGUAUUUUGGAUUAUGCAUUGCUUCAAUUGGUUAAGCCAUUACCAGUAUGUCGGGUCAGGAAUGGCAGAAUGUUUUCAAUUAUUAAAUUACCAGUGAAAGAUAUACGAGCUUGCAAAUGGAAAAUUUUGCAACCAUUAAAAGAAUUCCUCGAUCAGUGCUCAUUAUUCGGUUAUGGAGCUUCAGAAAAAGAUGGACCGGAUGGCAAGCUACGAAAAUUAACAAAUAUUUCAGUUUGGGAAGUUAAUGGACGACUUUUGAUACCAAUGAAAGAUAAUGCAGAAAAUAUUCGUCAAGGUCGUAUAUGUGGUGGUGAUUCUGGCGGACCUUUCGUUUGUAUGACUGAUUUGGGUGAACGGAUUUAUGGCAUUCUGUCACAUUCUGAGCCAUUGUUGGAAUCCUAUCCUUCGUCGUGCUAUGGCGAAGAAAAUGCCUUCUUGUAUGAUGUGAUGAGUGAUGUUCGCAAAGUGUUACCGUACAUUCAGGAUUCAUUGGCUAAGAUGAACAAAACUAACGAACUGAUUGAGGAUUAUGAGAGAUGUGACUUCUAA